AUGAGUUUCCUCCUCAAGCACAGCGAGACGACGGCCGCAAAGGACAAGAAGGCGCCGGCCGCAAAGGACAAGAAGGCGCCGGCCGCUCCCCUGGCGGUCGUCACGUACCCGACGAUCAACGACGUGGCGCUCGAGACGAUCGGCCCCGAGAACAUUCGCAUUCUGCUCGACCGGCACACGGGCGACGACCGCGUGACGACGUGGGAGCUCGUGGACGACGCGCACGGCGUCAAAGUGUGGCGCGGCACCGUCGACCAGUGCGAGUGGUGCGCGUUCCGGGCCGCGUGCCGCAUCAACGCGCGCCAGAGCGUCGUGGAGCAGGUGCUGCUGGACCCGCACCGCACGCUUGAGCUGGACGAGAUGAUGGAGGGCAUUGUCACGCUGCGGGACGCGGGCGAGCGCAAUCGGUUGGCGCUGCGCCAGAUCACGAGCAAAGGUCAGUUCCCGAUCCACGGCCGCGAGUUCCUCGUGGUCACGGCGGCGUCGACGCUCGAGGACGGGCGGGCGGUCAUUGCCACGCGGUCGGUGGACGUGGCCGACGUGCCGCCGCUCGAGGGCUACGUGCGGGCGAACAACUACAUCUCGGGCUACAUUAUUGAAGAGAAGAAGGACACUGACGAGAACGUGGUGUACUGCGUCGUGACGCUCGUGGCCCACGCAGACCUCGCGGGUUUGAUCCCGUCGGGCAUCAUCAACGUGCUCGGGACGUCGUCAACGGUCAAAGUCCUCAAGAACUUGGAGAAAAUCGUGACGACCAAGUAG